UAAUGAACAAUCAUUUUGAACCAUAUGUUAGAAAUAAAAGAGAUUUAAAAGUUCCUUACAUUUCAUGCUAAGAUUACACAAAUUUAGAAUAAGCAUCUAAAUUGAUACCUGCUUUGAAGUAAAUAAAUCAAAGUGACAGAAAUUUAGCAGAUGCUGCUAAUUCAUAUACAUAUAUACUUCGUAGUAACAAUGAUGAUGAUAUUCAUAAAGUAAUAAAUAUUUAUAAUAGAAAAUAGUCUAUAAAAUAUGGAAUUUGGACAUCAAGUAAAGAAAACAAUGAGAAGUUGAAUGCAAAGUAUUUAGAAGGUCAAUAAGAUGGAAUUCCAGUUUAUUUGUUUUUCAGUGUUGUUAGAAGUGGAUAAUUUGUUGGAGUGGCAAAGUUGACAUCUGGAUAUAAAGAAGAGAGUUUUCAAUAUUGGUGGGAGAUAAAAAAGUGGAAGGGACAUUUCAAUGUGUAAUGGUUGUAUGUAAAAGAUGUACCAAAUAAACAUUUUGAGCAUUUAAGAAAUAGGUUAGAAUUUAAUUAUAACUGUGAAUAGUGAUAAUAUUGAAGUGACUAGAUCUAGAGAUGGUGUGUUUUUGAAUUGGGAAACUGGGAAGUAGAUGAUGAAAAUAUUUGAAGAAUUUUCUGAUUAAAAAAGCAUAUUGAAUGAUUUCACAGUAAUAGAUGAGAGAGAAUAAGCAUUAAGAUAAUACAAAUAUUAGAUGUAGCAGUAACGAAAUCAAUAAUAAUACUAUCCUUAUUAUCCAUAUUAAUAUUAUGAUUACCAAUAAUAUCAAUAGUAUCCUCAACAAUAUCAAUAAUAAUAAUAAUAAUAAUAUCAAAAUGAUUAUUGGUAACAAGCUUAGAAAUGAU